GUAUGCCAGCCACACUACUAGAACCCCUUGGAACAGUACCUGUUCCUGACAGCUGCGAACAGCAGCACGAAGGAGCCAAGGGUCGCAGCACUGGGAGGAAGCGAAGGAAGCAGCGGCCAUAUCCAGGUAGGUGGUACAGGAGGCUGCAAAAAUGGCGUCCAUGGUCGACUUUCGGGGUCUGGACGAGGGCCUUGGGCACAGGCAGAAGAGGAAAAGAGAGUUUGAGAAGCUGGAGGAGGACCUCCAGGCCGCGAAACGAAUUGCAGUUCCCAUGGAUGAGGGUGCGGGUAAGGCGGAGAUCGAGAAGGUUUUGUCAAGAACGGACCCGAAGACGUUAGGCGGCAUGGUGUCUGGUCGAAAGUGGAAGGUGGCAGCGACUACGCGGACCUCAGCAUUGGGCAGAUCAAAGCCGUUGCAGACGUCAUGGGACGAGAAGAUGCGCCAAAAGGAUGUGAAGAAGAUGUUCCAGGAACGGAAGUCAGCGCUGAAGGAAGAUAUCCGCAGCAGAAAGCAGGAGAAGCGGCGAAAGAAGGAGGAGUUCAUGAAAAGAAAGGAGGAGAACACACUCAAAAGCGCCCCUGUCCAGAAGAUUUCGAAUCCGAAGACAACUAAGAAGAUGAUGAAGUCCAAGAACAAGCGAAAACAGCUCCAGAAAGUCGCAGAGUGAUGGUGCUGUGACGGCCAGACAAGAAUGGAAAUUCCCAGCGUCUCUCUUCAUGCCCCUGCUCCAUGCUAAAAACUCCGUAGAUAAAAAAAAAACAGAUCU